AGCGGAAUUUGAAUUGGGGCAAGGGAACGGUGCGUGGUGGUUUGUGGCAGAAGUUAAGAAUAAGAAGGAAGAAGUGAAAGAAAUUGUGUGGUUGGGUGGCGAUGACGUGGUCGAAAGAGUAGAAAAAGAAAGGCAAUAAAUAAUAAAUAACGACAACGAAAAAAAACAAGUGUUGAACAGAUAGAUAGAUCGAGAACAGGGAGAAGACGACGCGGGGAAUCUCUUCUCCGCUUUGCAGCGACACAUCAAUGGCCGAUAAGCAAUCCAAUCAGAAUGGGAAUGAAGAGGAGGCAAGUCCUCUUCUCCAACCCAAAGCCCAACCCACGCCCACGCCCUCCCCAACUCCCGAGUUUCUUCUCGGCUGGACCGCCGAUGGGCACCCCCUAGCACAAGCCAGCGUCGUGGGCCAGCCCAUGGGCCGGGCUCCCUGGAACUCCUCCAUCUGCGCUUGCCUCGGCCAAAACGAUCACUUUUGCAGUAGCGAUCUUGAAGUUUGUCUUCUUGGGAGCGUGGCUCCUUGUGUGCUGUAUGGAAGCAAUGUUGAGAGACUUGGAUCUGCUCCUGGGACAUUUGCCAACCAUUGCUUGCCUUAUUCUGGUUUGUAUAUAAUUGGGAAUUCUUGCUUUGGUUGGAAUUGUCUUGCACCAUGGUUUUCCUAUCCGAUCCGUACUGCGAUCCGUCGGAGGUUCAAUUUAGAGGGAAGUUGCGAAGCACUUAAUAGAUCAUGUGGGUGCUGCGGAAGCUUUUUGGAAGAUGAUGUGCAGCGUGAACAGUGUGAGUCAGCAUGUGACUUGGCAACUCAUGUCUUCUGUCAUGUGUGUGCUCUCUGUCAAGAAGGUCGUGAGCUCCGUCGUAGGUUACCUCAUCCUGGCUUUAAUGCUCAACCAGUACUGGUUAUGAUUCCCCCAGCAGAGCAGACCAUGGGACGUGAGGGUUGAACAUAUUCUUGCCCAUCUUGGAAGUGCUAUUCUUGUGUAUGUUACUGUUACUUCUAUAUAAUUUGAUAUUGAAUCGUGUUGACUUUCUCGAAUGAGGAUCCUGGCUUUUUAUUUUUUUAUAAAUAAAAACAUGAAACUUC